AUGCGAAGGUGCGCCACUGCGUCUGGACUCCGGGGCUUGCGAUCUCUCCCUCGCCAUGAGAGCGGGUCAUUUCUGUUGCGACGUGCCAGCACGGACACAUCGAAACCGCCGACGGCGGUGGUGAUGAUGAACCUGGGCGGCCCGGAGACCCUCAGCGACGUCCGACCCUUCCUCCAGCGCCUCUUUUCUGACCAGGAAAUCGUGCAGAUGCCCUUCCCUCAAAAGUUUCAGGAGAACGUCGUAGGUCCCUGGAUCGCCAAACGAAGGCACGUCGCACACGACACGACACGCACACGACACGACACGCACACACGACACGCACACGACGGCAUCGUCGCCGCGGAUAGAGAAGCAGUACGCGGAGAUCGGGGGCGGGUCGCCCAUUCGCAAGUGGACCGAAGCGCAGGCCCGCCAGAUGGAGAAGCUCCUCGACCAGUCCUCCCCCGCCACCGCGCCCCACAAAGCGUAUAUUGCGUUCCGAUAUGCGAGCCCGCUGACGCACGAGGCGCUGGAGCAGAUGAAGAAGGACGGUGUCAAGCGCGCCGUCGCCUUCACGCAGCUGAGCGAGCUGACGGGCCACGAGGGCGCGGGCCUGUCGAGCGUGAAGACGAUCGGGGCCUACUGGACGCUGCUGGCCGGCGUGGUGCCGUCCGAGCGGCUGGCCCGGUUCGUGUGGCACCUCGACAACGAGGCCGAGUUCAAGACCCCGCACCGCGUGCCGUCCCUCAGCCGCGACCACCCGCACUUCUCCGAGUACGGCCACUACUGGCUCGGCAGCGUGUGGCCUCCCACCAACUACAUGGUGUUGCGCGGCCUCACGAAGAACGGGCAGGACGACCUGGCCCACGACAUAGCGGCCAACCACCAUGCGACGGUGGUCGAGGUCUAUCGGGAGAGCGGCACCGUCUGGGAGAACUACAGCCCCGCACGGGCCGCUCCCGGCGCCCCCGCACGAGAGAAUUUUGUGGGCUGGAGCGGCCUGGGCCCUAUUGCCAUCUUCCUCGAGUACGUGAUCGGCCUCCGGCCUGA